UAAAAAAACAAAACAAAAACAUUAUUUUUUUUUCUUUCUUCCACAUUGGAAUGGAAGAUCAACAACAACAACAACAAAAUGUUCAAUCUCAGAUUUCCAAUACCAAUAAUCCAAACACUGAAAAGAGUGAAAGUACUGUGAGGUCAAGAUGGACACCAAAACCUGAACAAAUCCUUAUACUUGAAUCCAUCUUCAAUAGUGGAAUGGUUAAUCCACCAAAAGAUGAAACUGUUAGAAUAAGAAAACUUCUUGAGAAAUUUGGAAAUGUUGGUGAUGCUAAUGUUUUUUAUUGGUUUCAGAAUCGUCGUUCUCGUUCUCGUCGCCGCCAAAGGCAGAUGCAAGCUGCUGCUCAAAUAAGCAGCAGCGGUGCAAAUCCAUACCACCAAUACCAAAGCAGCAGCAACACCAACAGUAUUUCUCCAUCUGUUGGUGCGUCUGCAAUUGGUUUUGGUGGUUCAUCUUUUACUAUGAAUUCUUCUUCUAGUAAUUCGUCUUAUAAUAAUAACAACUUUUCGGGUUCUUCAUCGUCGUGUGGUGUUGGUGUUGGUGCUGGUGUUGCUGAAGAAGGGUUUGGUGGUUUGUUCUUAGGUUCUUCUCAAAUUAAUUUCCCUGAAAUUGAUCAAACUUCUUCAGCUGCUUCUUCAGCUUUGUUUCCAUCUGAUCAGGCUUCAAAUUUCAACUAUCACUCAGGAUUUGGGGGGAGUAAUAUUUCAGGUUUGAUCACAGUUUUCAUCAAUGGAGUUGCAACAGAAGUUCCAAGGGGUAUAAUAGACAUUAAAACAAUGUUUGGUGAAGAUGUAAUGUUAGUUCAUUCUUCUGGAGUUUCAGUUCCAACCAAUGAGUUUGGUUUCUUGAUGCAGAGCUUGCAGCAUGGUGAAAGCUACUUUCUGGUUUCAAAGCAAAACCAAGUAUGAACAAAUGAACAAGUAGCACAACAAUGGACAAAUAUUAUGGAAGCUUCCUUUAUAUGUUUCUUCAAUAUAUUAUAUUACCAUCUCUUUUUUUUCUUCUUCA